GGGAAAUAAUUGUAAGUGAAGGAAGGCUCGUCGCAAGUCAGCUUCCAUCAUCAUCAUCGUCAUUGUCAUCCUCUUCUCCCUUCUUCAUCAUCACGAGAAUCAACUUCUCUGGGCCUCUCCUUUCCACCUCCUCUGUCUCCUGGCACCUUCCUGCUUGCUUCUCCUUUCUCUUUCAUUCAUUCAUUCAUUCAUUCUUUCCUUCUUUCUUCCUACAAUGGGGUCGACCAAUAGUAGACCUCGGUCUGGCCCUUUCACCCCCCGAGUCAAUGGCACUAACCGCUUCAGAUUCUCCUCCCUCCUCUGCGGUGGCUCCGCCUCCCGUUCCACUUACGAGGUGGAAGGUCAACCAAAUGAACUGCAGAGAGAUUCUGCAACAGAAUUUAGCGAUGAAAAUCAGAAAGUUGUUGAGGAUUCAUCUAUAUCAUGUACAGAAGCUAGAAUUGGUUGCAGCUCCCAUGCUGAAACCGCAAGCUCAUCUGAUGUCAGAACUGAGUUGAUUGAGAUUGCAAAUGUUGAAGGUUCCUCCAGAAGUGCUUCAACUAGUUUUCAGACAAAGUGCUUGUCUGAAAGUAAGGAGCUAGUUCCUCCUCAUCAGGUAAGUGCUGAUCAUAGUCAUGAUGAAUCUUAUAGGGAUAUUAGCAACACAGCUAGUACAUUUGUAGAACAGCACUCUUCAGAUCCAGGCUCUGUAAAUGUUUCUGCUAACAAAGAUGCAGUCGAUAAUAUUGAUGGUUCAGUGGCUAGUGGUGUUUCUCAAAUAUCUCGUGAGACAAUGUAUCCAAGGAGCUCAACCUCUCAAGAGCAAGGAGAUUCCAGUGCUGAUAAUAUUUCUAUUGAGAAUCACCCUCGUUCAGUUGCACCUAUCCGCAGUCCUGAAUUGGAUCAUCUUGCUCAAGUUUCCAAUUUACCUGUGACUUCUGAGUUGCCUCAAAAUGAAACCCAUCAGGAGACAAUACCUUCAGGUUUGGGUUUUCUUGUUUCCAAUAGGGAAAGAGGACAGGGAAAUGACAGUAUGUUUCAUGUUGAUGUUGUCGCAAUAUCUUCCAACAUUUUAUCUGGUGGCAAUGCUGAUGUUAGUGAUCAUGAUGCCAGAAGGGAUAGUAGAAGACUAUUUUGGGAUGCUUUUUCAAGACGUAGUUCCAGAAGAUUUGGUGAUUCUCGAACCAUUGUCUUCUCAGCUGGUGAUGUUGAUGAUCCAAGUUCUCAAGAUCAAUGGCUUCUUGAUUUGAGUAAUAAUUCCUCAGGUGAUAGGGUUGCGGAUGAUUCUGGAUAUUUGGGCAGUAGAAUUCACAGGUUGAACGAACGAAUGCGGCACUCAAGAUCUGUGAUCUGGGAAAGACUUCAUGGUGGCCUUGAUGAGAUUGGCCGGUUGAAUCCUUCUUGUCCGAUAGGACUCCACCCUGAUGGCAUGUGCUCAUGUGAGUCUCUACAGAUGGCUGAGGAAUCCAGCACUCGUGCAAGUAUAUCUAGAAUAGCCAUGCUUGCUGAAGCUCUAUUUGAGGUUUUGGAUGAAAUUCAUCGCCAACCUGUAUCACUUGCCCUCUCCAUGGUCUCUCUCCCAGCACCUGAAUCAAUCGUAGAAUCUUUCCCUCUUAAGUGUCACAAAAAGAUUGACACAGCUGAUAAUGGCAAUGAUGUUGAACAAUGUUACAUAUGCUUGGCUGAGUAUGAGGAAGGAGACAAAAUUCGUGUUCUUCCAUGCAAUCAUGAGUACCACAUGUCAUGUGUUGACAAGUGGCUUAAAGAAAUACAUGGGUCCAUCAAAUGUAUUGUUGUAAGCAAAUCCCACCUUUUUAAGGUGUAUGCCCUCUUUGUCGUGGAAAUGUUUGUGGAGGGUCCAACGAGUCUUCUGCCUCUGACGCAGAAGUACCAUCUCAAUGAGUACAUACGUCAAUGUAAAUAUAAACAUCAUUUAGCUCACGUCAAUGGCAUGUAUUAAACUGUUGUAAGAGUAAGUUCACGUUACAGGGUGGCUAUGGAGGCUUACGGUAAAAAGAAAAGGGUGGUCUUCCAUCACCCGGGGAUAAUAGUGCAAUUUGGCCAAACAGUAAUAGGUUACAAUAAAAAGGAAAAAAAAAAUGUUUCCAAAAUAAAGGCCAUGUACAUUUAUACGUGUUUGGCACAACCCCAAUUCAAUUUAGUUUUACCAGAUGAUGCGCUAUUGCAUCUCAACAUAUUAUCAGAUACAUAUAUCAAAGUAAUUACAAAAGCCUUCAUUUCUAAAGAA